GCAAGAUGGUGUAACACCGAAUGAUCAAUUAAAAUGGUACAUCAAUUUGCGAAUGGACUAGAGAGAGAGACUACCUAUAUACCAUAAUGGAACAACAACAGGAGCAACCACAGAAACAGCAAGAACAGCAAUCGCAACAACCACAACAGCAGCAAGAACAACAUAAACGUGAUGAUAUUGAUGUGGAGAACCUGCCUCCCUCAGAGACACUGAUGCAACAACCGCAGCAACAGCAGGAGUUCCAGCACCAACAAUACCAAGAUCAUGGUGAUGGGGAGAACUCCCCUUCUUCGGAGGCAAUGAGUCAACGACCGCAGCUGCAGCCAUGGCAGGAGCCGCAUCAAUAUCGCCUCGAGUGUUCGGAAUCUGCUUGUGAAAGUGAAGAUUCAUUGGAUCUGGAGACUUAUCACCGAGAUUGUAAAAGCAGAUGGUUAAAUGCAUUCAGUCGGAAUGCUAUUUUACAACAUUGGGUUCUUGAAAUGCCGCUACAGACAUUCUCAGCGGAGAUAUCAGCCGAGACCAAUUGUAUGAACCGUUUAAGCUAA